CCCUGGAACUUACAUAAUUCCCAGGACGACCUCAUGCUCGCACCUGACGCGCCGCCGGUCAGUGUUGGUCCAGGCUGCUGCUCGCCAUCAUGCCCUGCUGUGAUCUGAAAUGCGGGCUCAUCACAGGGACAGUGCUGGGCGCCCUGAUCGCCGUGCUGGGCGGGAUUCUCAUCCCUGUAGGCAACACGUUAAUUGAAAACACCGUGCAUACGGAAACAGUGUUGGAAAACGGGACUUUAGCAUUUGACACCUGGACGUCUGUAGACACGCCAAUGUACAGGCAGUUUUGGCUGUUUGACGUGCAGAACCCUGAUGACGUUUUAAGUCAAGGGGCCAAACCUGUGCUGGUGCAGAAAGGACCGUACACGUACAGGACGCGUUUUAUCCCCAAAACAAAUAUCACCUUCACUGAUAACUACACUGUGUCCUUUGUGCUGCCGUUGGGAGCCAUCUUUGAGCCUAGCAUGUCAGUAGGCACAGAGGAGGACGUAUUCACAUCGCUCAAUCUAGCUGUAGCAGGUGUUUACAGUUUACUAAAUCAUACACUUGCAAACUGGCUCAUCCAGAGCUCCGGUUCCACACUCUUCCAGAACAGGACUGUUAAGGAAUUGUUGUGGGGCUACAAAGACCCAAUGCUGGGCAGCACGCUUGGAGUUUUUUAUCCAUACAAUGACACCAUCGAUGGACCAUACACUGUAUUCACAGGCAAAGAUGACAUCAAUAAGGUAGCCACGAUUGAAAGCUGGGCAGGUGAACCAUCGCUGAGUUACUGGAACGACACUUAUUGCAACAAGAUAAACGGAACAGGAACCCCAGUAUUACUCUCUCUACCCCACUUCCUCUAUGGCAGCAAUGAUCUCCAUCAAGGUGUGAUCGGACUGAACCCAAACUUUGAUGAGCACUCCAUAUUUCUGGAUGUAGAACCGAUUACAGGUUUCACUCUGAGAUUUGCAAAAAGACUUCAGGUCAACAUGCUGUACGGCCCAUCGGAUAGUAUUGUAAUUUUGAACAAAAUCAAGGACUACACAGUUUUCCCUAUUUUAUGGGUAAACGAGACGGCAGUUCUGGACGAUGAGACGGCCGACAUGUUCAAGAAAGAGCUGAUUUCUCGGAUGGACCUGUUGGAGGGGUUUCAGAUCGGACUCAUAGUGGUUGGCUUAGUCUUAUUCGCCAGCUGUUUGAUCGGAUUGAUUGUGGUGUGCACGAAACCGAGCAAUAACAAAUUUCUUUGAUUGUUAAAUAAAGGGAGGGAUGCUUGGUGCUUUCCGUGUUUGAUUUUUUUGAUAGCGCACUUUGUGGGAAUUGUAUAUUGUAAUUGUUAUUUGCACUCAGAGUACCGCAAUUCUAUUUAUAUAAUUUA